AUGAAAGUGAAGACUUCGAAAAUGGAUAGGUUCCUCCAGGACCCAGAGAGCCAAAAGCUCUUGAACGAUCACACCCAAGCUCUCAAAACCUCCGAGUCCGUCGAGGGCAUGCGAUUCAAGCCAACAAUGACACGCGACAAAUUCCUACACCGAUUUAAUAGUCAGAAGAAGGCGAGAAAAGACCAAUCGCGCGACAGAAGUAGCGCCAAUGAAGUGAAUGUCUCUUUUGCCCCUCCUAUCUAUCCACCCUGUCUCGCUCCCAUCAAAGACCUGAAGAAGCUCAUGGUCAAUGAUUUGCUUCUUGAAACUCACCACAGGGGCUCUUACAUUUUACUCAGAUCAGUGACCCGGUCAGAGAAGAAGGACGCCGUCAGAGUCAUUGUGGAAGACGAACAGGAACAUGCGAUCCCCCUCCAAAUGUUGAACGAGAAGCUCCGGUGUCACGAUGGCUCUAUUGAUAAAGGGCAGGUUUUGCUUGUGAAGGAGCCACACUUGACUUUGACGCUUGAGACCGAAUACGGGAUCAAAGUUGAACAUGUUUCUGAUAUCAUGUUCAUUCCAAUGUGGGACAGGAUGGUCCCAUCAGUUUGGCGAGAGCGGCUCCCAGAGAAUGAAACCAGUCAAUGGGUGGCCAGCGAUUGGCUACGCAUGGGUAACGAGUAUCUCAGCAGGGGCAAAUUCUAUUCUGCCACUGAAUAUUACUCCAAAGGAUUGGAGUGUUCGCCGACACAGGAAGAGUUGCAUUACCUUCUGUACUACCGGGGCCUAGCCUUCUUCCAGGCCGAUGAGUGGGAUGCAUCUCUGCGUGACCUCGAAGCCAUUCCAGAAGGCCCAAAAUCCGACAAAGCCCUCAGAGGUAAAGCGCAAGCCCUUUACCAUCUGAAAAGAUUCCGAGAAAGCUGCGACGUAUUCACGCAACUCUGCAAGAAACACCCGGAAGACAUCCACGCUAAGAAUGAUUUCCGUGAGGCCAUUGUACGUCUUGCAGAGCAAAAGAAGGGCAUGUACAACUUCAAGAGGAUGCAGGAAAAAGUAUCGAAAACCUACCCCCCACUCUUGGACCAUGCGACAUGGAUAGGCCCAGUGACAAUCCGACAAACCGAGUCUCAAGGACGAGGCCUAUUCACAACUGAGGCAGUCAAGGCCGGUGAUUUACUUCUCUGCGAGAAAGCCUUCGCAUAUGCAACUGAGCACCCCAACAAGCCGAGAUGGAGGAGCAGCCUCCAUAUCAACACCGAGACGUGGACCAUAACCCGAGGAGGCCAAGCCGCGCUCGCAUCGUCAAUCAUUGAAAAGCUGUCCAAGAACCCAUCCUCAGCGUCAGCAAUAACUGACCUCCACAGCGGCGGAUUUAACCAGGUCCCAACGGAGCCUGUUGAUGGCAAACCGGUGGUAGACACAUUUCACAUCGCCCGCAUAAUCUCCCUCAACAGCUUCCGCAGCCCAACCUCUUCAAGAGCAGAUCAUAUCCAUGAUGCCUGCGACGCAAGCACAAACCCCGAAGCAAUGCACAACUGCGGCAUCUGGCCGUACGCCUCAGCAAUUAACCACUCAUGCAUGAGCAACGCUCACCGCGCCUUCAUCGGCGACAUGAUGAUCAUCCGCGCAGCCACCGAUAUCCCCGCAAACACGGAAUUGACAAUCUGGUACCUGCUCCCAGCUCCUGAAACCCAGCCCAUGGACUUCCGCCACUGGGGCUUCGAGUGCAGCUGUGCCUUGUGCGCCGACGUCAAGGCGACUGAGCCCGGCGUCCUCAACACGCUGGUUAGACAGCGUGCACAGAUCGCCAUGGCGCUGGAAAGAAGCUCGAAUGAGCUUAGCCUGACGCGGGCUGAGAUGCUCAUUGAGCGUCUGACGGAGACGUAUCCGCAUCCAGUGGAGCAGGUGCUGCGACUUGGGCUGUGGGAGCCGCUUACUUUGAUUGCUGGGGUUUAUGAAAGCCAGAAGCGACCGGAGGAAGCCGCCAAGGUUGUGAAUCGUGCUCUUGCAGCCGUCGGGUUUGUGCUUGAGGGUUCCGGGUUGGAGGAUGUGGAGGCGCCGUUUGUUGUGAAGAAAUGGGGGCUUGCUAUGGAUAACCUUGUUGUUGCAUUGCUUAUCCUUUGCAAGUCUUUCAUUGAGGUUGCGCCUGAGAAGGCCAUGCAAGUGGAGCGGUAUGCUCGCAUGGCUUACCUGAUUUGUGUGGGGGAGGAUGCAAGUUUUGAGGCAAGCUAUGGAAUGAGCUUGAAGGUGGCCUGUGAGCGUCGUCCCGAGAGCGAAGUGCAAGGAUGGGUAGUUUAG